UACAACAUCUGGCCCGCCCCAGCCCGCAGACAGCCCGUCCUCCCCAAACAAUCAGACGAGUCUCCCCCCCCCCAAAAAAAGCCAUCCCCCCGUUCUGCCCCGUCGCACAUUCGGCCCCCGCGACUCGGCCAGAGCGGCGCUGGCAGAGGAGUGCCCGGCAGGAGGGCCAACGCCCGCUGUUCGGUUCGCAAUACGCAGCAGGGAGGUGGGCGGCAGCUGUGCCGGCUUCCAGAUUCCGAUGGAGCUUCCGAUGGGGAAGUCGAUGCUGGUGCUGCUCACCUUCUUGGCCUUGGCCUCGUGCUGCUUCGCUGCUUACCGCCCCAGUGAGACCCUGUGCGGCGGGGAGCUGGUGGACACCCUCCAGUUUGUCUGUGGGGACCGCGGCUUUUACUUCAGCAGGCCGGCCAGCCGGGCGAGCCGCCGCAGCCGGGGCAUCCGCGGCAUCGUGGAAGAAUGCUGUUUCCGCAGCUGCGACCUGGCCCUCCUGGAGACUUACUGCGCCACCCCCGCCAAGUCCGAGAGGGACGUGUCGGCUCUUCCGACCGCGCUUCCGGACAACUUCCCCAGAUACCCCGUGGGCAAGCUCCUCCGCCACGGCUCCUGGAUGCAGUCCGCCCAACGCCUGCGCAGGGGCCUGCCUGCUCUCCUGCGGGUCCGCCGGGGUCGCAUGCUGGCCAGGGAGCUGGAAGCCUUCAGAGAGGCCAAGCGUCACCGGCCUUUGAUCGCCCUGUCCACCCUCGACCCAGCUGCCCACGGGGGUGCCUCUCCAGAGGUGUCCAGCAAUUAGAAGUGAGCCAAACGGUCGUAAUUCUGCGGAACGGCCCCUGCUCCUCCUGCUGUCUUCUUGACCGGCGGCCUUACCACCAGGCCCUGCAGAGCCUCUCUGCGUCCUCCCCCGGUGCGCUCCCCGCCUCGCCUCCAUGCCCCGACCUCCCCACGUCAGGCUGCUCUGCUCGGCCCCCACCGGGCGCGGGCCGCGCCCCCAGCUACGGAAGGUACAAACCCGAUUGGCUCUGAUACCCCCCAAAUUGCCUCCCUGAAACAUCCCCCAAACAUCCCCCAAAAAUCCCCCCAAAUUAUCCUCCUGAAUUAAUCACUCUAAAUAAUCUCCCCCCAAAUAUCGGCCAAACGAUCCCCCCAAAAUAUCCCCCCAAAAUAUCCCCCCAAAUUAUCCCCCCAAAUUAUCCCCCCAAAUUAUCACUCCAAAUUAUCACUCCAGUCAUCCCCCCAAACUACACAACACAAUUGGAAAACGUCACCCCUUACACACACACACCAGCCCCCUUAAAACUGAUUGGCUCUUCCAAAACACCAGAAAAGCAAAUUAGGCUUAAAAAAAAAAAUCCAAAAAAAAAAAAAACCAAACAAACAAACAAAAAAAACAAUUGGCUGAAAACAUCCUAAAAAACCAAUUGGCUUCAAAAUAAUUGGCAAAAUAAAAGAAUUUGGCGCCCCCCUCCCCUCCUCCUCUUCCCCUUGGACCUCGAGUCAAAUUGGCCACGCCUCGAGCUCCUGACACCCAAGAGAAAGGAGGGGACCCCAAAUUUUCAGUGGGCAUGUCUCUGCUUCCCAGCCACCUCCCUGCCCAUGCAAGACUCUGGGCACCCCCGGCGGGAACUGGCCGCCACCACCAGCGGCCACCCAGCCUCGUCCUCCGCUCGGGCCCCACCCGGAGUCACCGUGAGGGGACAGGGCACAGGAAAACCGCAAUUGGCGCAAACAAAACUUGAUUGGCACGAACCCCCAAAGUCUUACAGACCAACCCCCCAAAAGUACAUAUAUAAACACACACCUCCCCACAGAAACACGCCCUCACGCACACACCACGUACACAACACACACAUCAUACACACACAUCCACACACAUCACACACACACAUCCACACACAUCACACACACACAUCCACACAUCACACACACACAUCCACACACAUCACACACACCACACACACCACACACACAUCACACAUACACAUCCAC